CCGCGGGCGCCCGCUUCCGCCCCUGCCUGCAAGAGCAGGCGCGUCCCGGCCCUAACGCGGUCUCUCUAGGAACGGCGGAGGCCUGGGCUCUCGGUGGUCCCGGGGCGAGCGGGCCAUCCGACCCUCGGGCGCCGUGGUCCAAGAGUGGGGGGUGUGGACCAGGGGGCGGGGUCCCCCGGGAUUGACGACUGCGCAGACCGGGCGGGACGGCCCCUUUGUCUCAGGGAGCUGAGGCAGCCGCCGCAGGGCGAAAGGUUGCGGCAGUUGCCCCAACAGGAUCCUCUGCUUUCUGUUGUCCCCACACACCUAAGAAGCCAAGAUGGCAGCAGCUGGCCUCCUGCCACUGCCAGCAGGGCCUCCUCAGGCCAAGGUGACCUUCGAGGAUGUGGCUGUCCUGCUCUCUCAGGAGGAGUGGGCCCGCCUGGGCCCUGCUCAGCGAGGCCUCUACCGCCAUGUGAUGAUGGAGACCUAUGGGAAUGUGGUCUCACUGGGACUUCCGGGAUCCAAGCCUGUUGUGAUCUCCCAGCUGGAACGAGGAGAAGAUCCGUGGGUCCUGGAUGGGCAGGGAACUGACCUGAGCCAGAGCCUGGGAAGUGACCACUCAGAAUGCAAGGCCAAGGAAGAGGCCCAAACCCCAGGCUUGAACGCGCAGCCAUUAAUCUCAGAUGAAGAAACAGUGACUCCAGCGGUAUUGAAGAAGGCGGAUGAAGAACCUUACAAAACAGAGCAGAACUUCUGCUCAAGUCCAAACCCCGUCGGCCCCCAGAACGUCCAGGGGUCGAACCCGAGUGCGCCACCUGCUCGGCACCAGGCGGCUCCCAGUGGAGAGAGGCCCUACAUGUGCCUCGAGUGUGGCAAGCGCUUCGGUCGGAGCUCUCACCUGCUUCAGCACCAGCGAAUCCACACCGGGGAGAAGCCCUACGUGUGCCAUGCGUGCGGGAAGGCCUUCAGCCAGAGCUCGGUCCUCAGCAAGCACCGGCGGAUCCACACGGGCGAGAAGCCCUACGAGUGUAACGAGUGCGGCAAGGCCUUCCGGGUGAGCUCGGACCUCGCCCAGCACCACAAGAUCCACACGGGGGAGAAGCCCCACGAGUGCCUGGAGUGCGGCAAGGCCUUCACCCAGCUGUCGCACCUCAUCCAGCACCAGCGGAUCCACACGGGGGAGAGGCCGUACGUGUGCCCGCUGUGCGGGAAGGCCUUCAACCACAGCACCGUCCUGCGCAGCCACCAGCGCGUGCACACGGGGGAGAAGCCCCACGGCUGCAGCGAGUGCGGGAAGACGUUCAGCGUCAAGAGGACCCUGCUGCAGCACCAGCGCGUGCACACGGGCGAGAGGCCCUACGCCUGCAGCGAGUGCGGCAAGGCCUUCAGCGACCGCUCGGUGCUCAUCCAGCACCACAACGUGCACACGGGCGAGAAGCCCUACGAGUGCGGCGAGUGCGGCAAGACCUUCAGCCACCGCUCCACCCUCAUGAACCACGAGAGGAUCCACACGGAGGAGAAGCCCUACGCGUGCUACGAGUGCGGGAAGGCCUUCGUGCAGCACUCGCACCUCAUCCAGCACCAGAGGGUCCACACCGGCGAGAAGCCCUACGUGUGCGGCGAGUGCGGGCACGCCUUCAGCGCGCGCCGCUCGCUGGUCCAGCACGAGCGCAUCCACACGGGCGAGAAGCCCUUCCGGUGCAGCGAGUGCGGCAAGGCCUUCAGCCUGAAAGCCACGCUCAUCGUGCACCUGAGGACCCACACCGGCGAGAGGCCCUACGAGUGCAACAGCUGCGGCAAGGCCUUCAGCCAGUACUCCGUGCUCAUCCAGCACCAGCGCAUCCACACGGGCGAGAAGCCUUACGAGUGCGGCCAGUGCGGCCGGGCCUUCAACCAGCACGGCCACCUCAUCCAGCACCAGAAGGUCCACAGGAAGCUGUGACCCGCGGCCGGCCGCAUUUAGGAGGCGCACAAGCCGGAAACAGCCUUCCUUCCCCCCUCCCCCCCCCCCCCGAGGGCAAGGGGCGUCUGCUAAAGCUGCAGGACCUUUCCCUGGUGACCCAGCCUCACAAUUCCACUCCCUUCCUGGGAGAAGCAUCCGGCAAAUGUUAAGUUUCUUUUCCCCAAAUCUUGACGUUAUAUUCGAGAGCAAUCCUACACGGAUAUCGGUAAAGACUGCUAGAAUUCUCCCUUUGGUUGAUUUGACAUGAAUUGGUUUGUUGAAGCAACUGAAAAGUUGAGGAAGGCCUAGGGACCACUGACAUUUCAGAUGACGUUCCUUUUCUGAUCAUUCUAAUAUUGUAUUUAAAUUUAGUAAGGUAGGACUAUUAGCUGGGCGCGGUGGUGCACGCCUGUAAUCCCAGCACUCUGGGAGGCAGAGGCAGGCAGGUCUCUGUGAGUUCCAGGCCAGCCUGUUCUACAAAGUGAGUCCUGAACAGCCAAGGCUACACAGAGAGACCCUGUCUCAAAACAAAGAGAAUGUUGGACUAUUUUCGGUAUUCUUUUAAAACACUUUAAGUGCUAUGUGGAUAAAAUGAGAUAAAAAAAAUUAUUGGGCGAGAGAGAUGGCUCAGUGGGUAAAGCCUGAUAACUGGAGUUUGCUUCCUGAUAACUGGAGUUUGCUUUCUAGAACCCACAUUGUGGAUGGAGAGAACCAACUCCCACAAGUCGUCCUCUGAUUUCCAAGCUUGUAAGUGUGUGAUAUGCACACACAAAUAAAAUCAGUAUUUUAAAAUACUUUUAUCAGAUAUUCUGAAAUGGCAGUUCUGAGUGCUUAGAAAUACCUGUUUUCUAUGAAAAAAAAAAAAAAAGGAAAGAGAUAAAUUUGAAUUUAAACUAAACAACAAAAAAACCACGCUGGUUGCCUGAUAAAAUACCAUGACCAAGGCAAUUUACAGAAGAAAGGGUACAUUUCACUUCUACGUCACAGUCCAUCAUCAAAGGAUACCUAAGCAGAAACUCAUACACAUGGGCCAUGGCUAACACUGCUUACUGGCUUGCACAGCCUACUUUCUGGAAUGUAUUCAGAUAGGAUCCACUCGCUGGUCCUGUGGUACCAGUGUCUCUAAAAUGUUGGGACCUCUGUUCAAACAGCAGCCUCUCCUGGGCUCUCUUCAGGGACUCUAACCCUGCCAUGUGGUGCCAAGCCUCAGUUUCUCUCCAUGAUCCUGUCAACCUAGAGUUUCAAACUAUCAGAGGCUGCACCUUCCUUUACAAUGGCUUCUCAAUAGUGCCAAGCCUCAGUUGGAACCCAUAUGCCUUCAUACCACUGUGCCCUAAAUUUAUUCAUCAGUGAAAAUUUCUUUCAUCUAGUUUAAAUUCCACUCAUGAGCUGGCAAAUGGCCGAGUCGGUCAAGGUGCACUUGCCACCAAGCCUGACACACAGAGGACAGGGAGAACAGCUCCGCCUAUUCCUCACCUUCACACUCAACGCCAGGGCAUGCAUCCGUAUACAAAUAUGUGCACAUACGCUAAAAGUCAACUGAAAAAGAUACUUUAAGAGCUGGAGAUGUCAUUCAUUUGGAAGAGUGCAUGAAGCCAGGGGUUUGAUCCCCUGAACACAGCCAUGAGUUGUGCAUGCCUGGGAGAUGGAGGCAGAAGGAUCAGGAGCAAAGGCAUCCUUCCUUGACUUUUAGUUCAAGUUGGUAUGAGACCCCCCCGACUCAGAAGUAAUGCAUACCUUUAAAUGGCUAUUUCCCUCCAACCACUGCCUCUUCACACUUUUAAAUGUCACCAGCACAUCUAAAGUUUCUUAAACUCAGCUUUUCCAAUUCCCUAAUGCUAUGCCCCAGCUGCCUGACCCCGCCUGAUGGACAAAUGGGAAGUUUUAUCAGUUGAGGUCUCCUAUGGUCUUACUGAGGACUAUGGGAAGCAAGCAUCAUAGUAUCAUUGUCAGGAACAGAGCCCUCAAAAUAAAGACUGUGCUCAGAGGACUGGUGACAAAUUCAGUGUUUAUCAAAUCACAGUAAUUCAUUUUUUUGUUUUUUUUUCCUUUUCUGAUUGCUUUAUUAAUUACACUUUAUUCACUUUGCAUCCCCCCCCCCCGUGGUUCCCUCCCUCCUUCUGUCCCGAUCCCUCCCUUCCUCCCCUCUCUGCAUGUAUGUCCCUCCCCAAGUCCACUGAUAGGGGAGGACUUCUUUUCCUUCCUUCUGAUCCUAGUCAGUUAGGUCUCAUCAGGAGUGGCUGCGUUGUCUUCUGUGGCCUGGUAAUGCUGCUUCCCCCUCAGGGGGAGGUAAUUAAAGAGCAGGCCAAUCAGUUCAUGUCAGAGACAGUCCCUGUUCCUAUUACAAUGGAACCCACUUGAAUACUGAACUGCCAUGGACUACAUCUGACAGUAAUUCAUUUUUAAGCCACAAACACUGCCAAAAAAUAAA